CUCGCGCUCCACUCGGUGUGUAGACCGAUUGUCGUGCAUGUCCGGAUCCAUCGCGCACUGUUUCUUGUGUUUUUGUUCGUUUCAUCAAUGAAAAGUUUGUGAACCCAUCUCAUUUACAAUUUUAAAUUAUUUUCCAGUUCUUUUCGCCACCUACUGGCUACUUUCCUUCACUUUGGCGUGCCGCUUUUGUGUCUUUAUCUCCGAAGUUCGCCUGGAACUGGUUUGGAUUACGUUUUGUUUACUGUGGAACAGGUUACCUGCUGUCUUACGGAGCGGCCAGUGGAUUUUAAACUACACGUAAAGAUAUGGCCGGCUACCCUGGACGGGAGUGAGUAAUCCGAGGCGGACAGUGAGCAUGGCAUAACGGGCAGUGGCGGAGGCAGCGGACCGUAUCAGUGAGGAGCGAGAAUGGCGGCCGCGGGAACAGAAACCUCCAGCCCGGCUCUGGAGGUGCGACACAAGCCCCAGCAGUCGGCGGAUUCUGGGGCUUACCUGGAAUGGCCGGAAGAGAUUCAGGAACAACGGUAUAAUAGCAACGUGACCGGAGAGUUUGUGACGGUUGUGGCGGUUGAGCAGGCGGCUCCUACAACCUCUGAUACACCGUUCGUUACGGUGCUGUCCAUCGGAGAUCAGAAGGAGGAGGCGGAGGAAGUGCUGGUUUACCGGCUCCCCGGGGAGCGUCUGGGGUUCGGCCUGAAGUUCGAGGGUGGCCUCAAGACCGCCGAGAGGGUCAACAGACUCUUUAUCCAGUCUUGUGCGCCUGACAGCCCCGCCUCGAGGACGAGAUGCUCCUGGGGCCCUCUUCAGCCCGGGGACGAGAUACUGGAGAUUGACGGAGUAGAAGUAAAGGCGAUGACGAGGAUCGACUGUGUCCGCUCGCUGAAAGAAUCUAAUGUCGUGAUUAAACUUAAAGUAAAACAACACCGAGGUGACGAAAAGGACGAGAGCAAAUCUUCCCCGCCUCCGAUUCCCCCGAGGAAAGUUCCAAGAAGGAACUCGGCCCAGAGGGAAGCGGCUAUUGUAAAUCCUCCAGAUGGAUUUGCUGACGAGUCUAACAGAGAAUUGAAAUUUAAAAACACUUCACCGAAAACUAAGACAAAAAACCAAGAUGAUAAACACGUAGUGCCAGAAGCUGAAGUGUAUCUAGAUUUAAUUGCUCAAGAAUCUGAAAUUCUUCCCGGUGAAUCGGAAUCUGACGAUACAGGCAGCAGUAUCUCUACGGUAGUAGACAGAUUAUCUUCGGCGCCCACCACUUCGAACUCCAGUUUCUCUGACGUUCGGUCUAUAACUUCCUUGGACAUCACCACGCCUCCAACCCCCACGACGACAAACACUUGUCCGACCUUCGACUUAGAUAGGGUGCUUGAACCUUUUCUUCAGCUGGAAAGGGAAUUCUCAUCAAGUGCUGCUAUCGACGAAAGUUCUCUCUUCAACAAACUAGUGGCCGCUGCCAAUUUCACGGAGCCCUCUCACAUAUCCUUGACCAGAAGCUCUUCUAUGAAUUCCGGUAACGGGGGUGAAGAUUCCGUCGCCCUGCAGCCUCCUGCGAGUUUCCAAGACGAACCUGGUAACAGAGCUAAUUUUGACGGUGAACGUCUCCAAGUCGGAUCAGUCGAAUUGUUCGAAAACAUAACGAUAGAAAAAAUCCACUCUUUGAAAGCGAGCCCCAGAAAAUCACACAACAUAGUAUUGAAUCUGAGUUCAGACGUGGAUAAAAUCCCGUCUCUGCGCAACCGAUUAAAUUCCGAAAGUCAGGAAGAAGAUGACAAGGAAGCUCCUGCUUUACCACCGAAACCGAUCCCGAGAAAAGAUCUAAAUCAGAAAAACAAGUUCAAGUCGGGAAAGAAAAGACCCCCACCUCCACCACCACCGAGAUCUGACCGACCUCUCUGUCCCGAUCCUCAAGAUAAGGCAGAUGACCCUGCUAUAGAAAGUGAAACGGAAAACCGAAAUGAAUUAGACCAUCAUCUUCCUCGGCUGAUAGACUUUGUGCCGAAAGAUAGAACGGAUCUGGUAGUGCCCAACGCGAUUCACCCCGAGAACUCCCACCAGAACCACAUGGAGAUGCUGAUACAGAGACAGCGUCUACUGGAGAUGAUAACUCCUCAGGGUGACGUUGACCGGGAACAAAAUCACGACCACGACCGUGACCGUGAUCCGGGCCAGGAGGAGGGCGCAAGUGACGGCAGCGAGGCCGAGGGAGAGUGUCAAGAACACUGCACAACCCUGCCAAUGUGUGUACCUGCCGUGGACUCGGAUGAUGAGGUGGACAUGUCUUCCGCUCGGGUCGCCAACUUGACCACCAUCGGUGAAGAUGAAGAGGAUCAUGUCGAGGAGGAGUCGGUCGAGACAAUCCCGGAAGCGUCCACUGUAGAAACCCCGGAGACUCCCCAAGUCCUGGACGAGCCUGCUGAGGAAGCUUCUGUAGAGCCUACAUUAACAGAGGAUAAAGCAGUGAGCUCGAAUGCGGAGCCAGCAGUGGAGGUCACCCCUGAGGUCCCCCCAGCCACCCCCGCCGACAGCACCCCUUCCUUGCCCCUCUCGCCAUCACCAGCCAAGCAGGCUGCAUCAGUUGAAUGUGGAGCUAUGGACGCCUCGGCUGCUGCUACGCUGAGUCUGUCUCCGCCACCUAGUUUCUCGCGGAUGCCACCUGAUGGCCACGAGUUUCCACCCAACUACCAGGAGACCUGCCCUGAGCCUUCCAUAGCACCAGAACUGUCCUUCAAGAUGCAGCCACCUCCACCUCUACCUUCCACUGCACCCCCGAUUCCAAAAAAGAAACUGAGUGUUUCUUCCCUCGAACGAGAAAUCGAAAGCACUUCGCCCAUCAGAAAGUACUCCUCCUGCUCCAAUGCUUCGAGCACUGGCACCGAUGACUCCUUCAAGCCCAGCAGAGGGUCUUCUACUUGGCGGAAUGACGAGAAGAGUGUGAGGAGUGUUCGAGAUAAAAUCGCCAUGUUUUCCAAUGUGACAGAUGAAACACCAAUUUCACCUGCAAUUGCACCUCCAUCAUUGAGUUCUCAUAGAAAACUAAACAGGUUCAAAAGUUCUGAGGAUGUAUUUUACAACGAUUGUGUAGACGCUUCUUCUGGCAAUUUACCCUCAGGUAAAUUGUUCUCUAGGUCUGUGAUUUCUGUUGAUAAGGUGACCUCAAAUUCGUACCUGCCAGAAAGUAACCAACGAUCUACGAGCCCUAUGAAGAAGUUGCCUACGUACAGCAGCAUGGUGGACAUGUCUCAAGUGUCAUGUGGUGCAAAACAGAACAAGCCAAAUAUUCCCAAGAGUUUAGAAUAUACUAGUCGCACACAAAGCUCUAUGGAUUUAUCAUCUUCAUCCUCAGCGUAUUCUUCAGAAUCUCCAGAUUCCUCCCUGACGCCAACAGUACCAACACCUUUUAUAGGCUAUUCAAGCACAUUGCCUCGGAAAUCAUCUGCAAGGGAAAGUGAACGUAAAGUAUCUCUGUCUUCACCUAAACCUGAGAGCUAUUCACAAAUCUCACCAACUGAGACAAAAAAUAGCUUAGGCAGAGCAAUGAGUUUUAAUGGCACAAAUAAAUUACAUUCCAGAUCGCAAAGUCUUGUUGAUGUUAACUCAAUACCUCUUAAUAGGUUUGUACCAAAAAACACUAGCGAAGAGGCAAGAAGAGCUUCUUUAAAUGCUUUGAUUGAGCAGAGAAGAAGAAGUAUUUCCAAACUGAGAGGCUUAGUCAUUCCAGAGAAGGUUUCAGAAGAUGCAGUUCCUCAGACAAUACCUGAUCUACCUGAAAUCAAAAGUAGGGAUUCUAUUUUAUCAAAAGUUCCUGAAGAGGUAACAAAAAAGUCCACAUUUCCUUCUUUUGGAAACAGCAGGUAUGGAAACAAUACUUAUACCUCCCCUACAAGCACAACCCCUCCAUUCAGUACAUCAAUAACUUCUAAUAAUAAUCUUUCGUCUUUAUCAUGGAAAACUCAACCCACUGUUGCAGAUAUUCCAAAGUAUUCACCUGCAUUCAAGAGAAAAUCUUUGGCAGUGUAUGGAGUACCCUCUUUAGCAUCAUCAGUAUCUUCUUCUUUGAGUUCAAGCCGUGAAGAGUUGAGACCAAUUUUUGACAACACUGUUUCAAACAGUGUUAAAUCUCCAGUUACACCUCCCCCUCCACCAUCUAAACCUCCUCGAACAGUCAACAAUAUACCAAGAAACAGCCUGUCUUCUCCGACUGCUGUGACAUCUUUAUCACCCACUCUUUCUCAUCAUGAACCUCCUAAAUCUCUUGAAAGUAUUACGUCACCAACCCAAUCUGAUUUAAGCUUUGAGUUCAUUAGCAGCAGUGGAAGUUCACCAGAUAUCAAGAUGAUGAGAAACAUUCAGUAUGAGGACAAAAUUAAUCAAAAGAAUGGAAAUUACAUUAAAACGACUGAACCCCAAGUAAUGCCUGUGAUCAAACUGAACAAACAUCAGAGCCCAAGUGACCUUGGGAGAUCUGGUGGUGAAGAAAGUGACAAUGACUCGGCUGUAAGUUCUAGUCGUUCAAGCAUUUCUCAUGAUUUCUCCCCUCCACAGUCUCCAAUCCCUGACUUACAGAGUAGAAUAGAUGAUGAGCAUAUGGGAAGGUCACAUUUGCUGUUGUCACCUUCAAAUUCUGCUGGAAGUAGUGAUCGAAGAACAUUGAGAAGGACUCUCUCGUCUGAAACAACAGCAUCAGCAGCAUCGUCUACAGCAUCCACUUUAACUUCAGGUUCUCAAGCAAGUUGCAGCAGUUCUGGUUCUGACAGUUUAAACAGGAGAGUCCUGAAAGCCCAGAGUGUUGAGGCCAUUAAUAGGAAAAAUGUUCUAUCUUCAGCCCGUUUUAGCAGUGGACAGGAUUUAAAAAUUGGAUCACCUUUAAUUCAAAGGAAGUUUGAGGAGAAUGAAGGUUUUGUAAAUGAAGGUUUGAUCACAGAUGUAGAACUCGUUGAUGAGACAAAAGCCAAAAUUGAGACUGAAAACUUUAUUGAGAAACUGAACGGCACUUUAAAGAAAGAAAGGGUUACUGAAGUUUUACAUGAAGAAACAAAUUUAUCAGAAGUCACCCAUUAUCAUAUGGUAUCUCCCAACAAAGAGUUUAGAACAACAAAGGUGGCAUACCUUGAAGUUGAAGUAAGCGAUGGUGGAAAUUUUUCCUCACAGGAUGACUCUAGUUUCAUAGACAGCAACCCGUCUAGUAUGGAGCAUUUAGAUAAUGACCCAAUACCUGCACCUCGAGAGAAGUUACAAGUGAUGGAAAAUGGAUAUUCCAGCCAAGAACUUUUUAUGACAGAUAAUGUUGAUGGUAAAAUUGAAGAAUACACUAAACACGCAUCCAAUCAGUAUAAGGUUACCACAACUGUUGAUCUGUUCAGUGAAGAUAUCCUAGACAAUUCCACCCAGAAGAAACCUUUUAUCAAACGAUUAUCAAAAGAAAGUUUUAAUAACAAUGGGUCUUCCACCUCGGAUGAUGAUUCAUGCAAAACUACAGAGUCUCAGAGUAAAACUGAAAAUUUAAAUAGUGCAAAACAAAAUCCAAUUCCUGUUGUUCCCCCUAAACCAACAGAAAGAAAAAUCACCACAGCAGCAUCUCUUUUGCACAGUGACUCAAAAGAAUCGUCAGUCUCUAGUGAUGAUUUUAUGUCUUGCACUAGUAAACAAGAAACACCAACACUUAGUCCGAAAGAAUCACCCAGUUCAUCGAGUACAGGAAAGAUUCCAACGGCGUCAGCAAGAAAUAUCAACAACAGGAGAUCAGUCAGUGUAAACGACAUCAGAAAAGCGUUUGAGAAAGCUGAGAUAGCACUUAGUGGCAAACCCAAAUCUGGUAUCACCAAUGGAAAUGGACACAUGAUUCCCAGCCAUGCCAGAGUAUCAUCACUGGACUCUACAACCAGUGAGGACAGCUGUGCGCCUACCCCCACCCACUAUGGCUCCGUCACCAAUCUGCAGAAAGAACAGCAGUUUGGUAGCAUAACCUCUCUCGCUUCCUCUACAAGUCUCAUAUCCCAACAGGAGCUACAACAGUUGAUAGAGGAUGCUAACCAGGCACUAGAGGAGACAGGGGGCUGCAGCCAUGAGGUAGUGGUGGUGAUACUGCACAGAGACACAGCAGGAGGUAGUGUGGGAAUCACCCUGGCUGGGGGCGCAGACUAUGAAGCUAAGGAGAUCACUGUUCACAAAGUACUGGCUGGCAGUCCAGCUGACAGAGAUGGCAGGAUACAGAAAGGAGACAGGAUCCUCUCAAUCAAUGGGCGCAGCAUGAAGGGAGUAUCCCAUAGAGAGUCUCUGGCAAUCCUUAAGGCUCCUAGACCAGAGGUGGUACUGGUGGUGUCGAGGUGGCGACCCGACGGAUACACAGACCCGCAGACUGAAGACCCUCUAGUACUGAGUCUACGAAACAACCUGAGGCCACCCAGGAUACCUGAGCAGAGCUCUGGAGACAGUGAUAAAGAAGAGGUGGUGGUUGAGAGUGAAGUGGCCAGAGGACCUCCGCUGACAGUGACUCUGGUCAAGGAUGGAGCAGGACUGGGCUUUAGUCUGGAGGGUGGUAAAGACUCUCCUCUUGGUGACCAGCCCCUCACCAUCAAAAAGAUCUUCACAGGAGGCUGUGCAGAGAAGAGCGGUCAACUGUUCGCAGGUGAUGAGCUGCUGAGCGUGAACGGCACCGAUGUUACAUCCAUGUCGCGCAUCGAGGCUUGGGGACUCAUGAAGAGGUUGAGUGAUGGAAAGGUGGUUCUGUCCUUGCGGCAUAAAACUGUCAACUGAUUUUGAAGCGUUGAGUUCUAGGUACCCUUCUGAGUUUUGUGUUGUGAGUUUGCCGUAUUGAAUUGACCGGAUGUAAUUUCCAAACUACUAAUGUGCAUUUUAGUACAUUUCCAAGUGACUGAAACGUUUUGUAGCGUCAAACACAAUUAUUUAAAGCAUUGUAUGAUACAAAACAUAUGAUUAUUUCAUAAAGUAUAAAAAUUGGCCACAUUAAAAAUAUUUUAAGAUUUUCAAGCAAAUAUUUGGAUGUAAUAUUGUCAUGAGAAAUUGACUUGAGAUGUUCUUACUCGAUGUUAUUUCAAACUUAAUUAAUCAAUUGGCAGCUUUGUGCUAGUAAAAUAUAUUACACAAUUUACAGUAUUUUCUGAUUGAAAUUAAAAGUAUUUAAACAAAUUUAAAUUAAUUCUUGAAACUCUUAACCAUUGCAACGUUUUUCGAGCUCUUGUACAUUUCAAGUUUAAAACCGUCUGCUGUGGUUAAAAUGCAUGAUUAAAAAAAUAUCAACAUCCUGAAAUAAAAUGUAUAAAAAUAGAAAUGCAAACUUUGGGUACAUAGCUUUGUGUAAAUAGGAGAACCGACAGUGUUUAAAGCAACCAUGAACGUAACUGACCACUUUUAUGGCUGUGGGCAGACAGGAAGACUGCAGGUGCUAACUUGUAUAUAUGUACAGCUAAGUGUAAGCUAAAGACCUCAUACAAGUGGGAACUUGUCAAUACUUCGCAACGCAGGAGUCGACAUGUCGACACCUGCACGUUCUGUACCAUAUCCGCAUAGGCAAGUGUAAAUAGAGUUUGUUGUGUGAAUAUAUCCAGUGAUUCAAGAGAAUAUUUAUUUUCAUAGUGGUAAGCUUGGAUCAGUGUUUGAAUUUCUUCAAGUGCCUCUAAAAGUGUGAAUUCCCUUUGCAAAAUCGAGUUCAUCGGAAAACAACCCGAUAAACAACCAGAUUUACAAUUCAUAUGUAUUUUGUUAUAUAUUUGAAUAAUUUUGCAAUAUUGUGGUUUCAAUAAGGCUGUAAUAAUUUGUGUAGAAUGCUCCAGUAAAGCAAAAGGUAUUACUGUUAUGUAUUAUAUGAAUGGUUAUUACAUUGAUAUGCCAAUCAAAAUUUUUAACAUACUUACUGUAGACCAUCAUACUUCAGAAACACUUAGAUUUGUGUGUCCAGCUGCAAUUUAUAAUAUGUUAAUUAUGCACUAGGUAAAACAUAUUUUUGUAAUGAAUAACCCAUAACAUAUAUAUUAUAUAAACUACAAUAAGUAAUAGACUAAAUUAUAAUUUAUGAAAUUUGAAGUUUUCAAAUAAAAAGAAAAAUAGGUAUAAUAUAAAAUCUUUUCUUGGUUAAAAAAUAAGCAGCAUGAUCUUGUUUUUGUAAAGAAAUAACAUUUUUUGUCUGUUACAUUCCAAUAGUUCUCAGGAAAUAUAGAACAUAUUGAUAAAAAAAAUAAACAUAUUAUUAAUAAGUGCAAUUUUAAGUAACAAUGAAGACUUUUCUAUAUGUGAUAACUUGAGCACGUUCCAUUUUUAUAUGUGUGUAUUGUGUCAAGCUUUAGUGAUUUAAUAAGGGUUAAUGACAGAUUCAUUUUAAGAGCAUUUUACAACUACAGAUUUCAGUCCCAGAAUUCUAGUACAAAAUUUGUUGCAAGCAUAUGCAUUUAUGAAAUGCAUUCUAAGCAUUCUGUGAUAAAAUAAUUUUGGCAUGUAAUGCUCGAGCCUUGUAAAAAUAUCUUAAUUUACAAUAUGUUUUGAAAAAUAUUGUACAUCUUAGAAAAGUUAUGUUUAAUUGCGUUUUGUUACAUAUUUGUAAACAAAUUUUGAUUAAGGACUAGAUUGUUGUGUUUUCACUAAUAAUUUAAUUAUUCCAGUUGAUUUUGUGUAAAUUUAUCAAAUAUGUUACAUAUGUAAUUUACAAAUUUAUAUUCCUUGUAGUUAUUUUAUAAUAAUCAUGAAAGUAUUGUUUUGAUUCUUUAUAUUUUCAGAGAGUUAUUUAAAAUCAUGUGUUACUUAAUGUAAAGUAAGUAUUUAUGUGACAAAUAAUAUUGCCAUUAUUUGUUUAUAAGUAUACUUUAAUAUAUUGAAGUAAGUAAAUAUGGUUUAGAGAGAAACCAAUCAACAACUUCUUUUCUUUAUAAUUUAGAUGUUCAUAAAUAAGUGUGAAUAUAUUUUUCCAAACACUACAAAUAUUAAUCAUUUUAAGAUAUGCUUUUAUUGUAUGUAUAUAGAGUUUUUAUACAUUAGUCAUUAGAUUUAACAAAAGCUUUAACAUUCUAAAUUUAUUUUCUUUACUUGAGGUUUAAGUUAUGUUUAUUAUUCUUUAUUAUUUGUUUUUUUAAUGCAUACAUUCUUGCCUUCCCGGUUUUAUUCUUCAUGUAGUGUUCCUUAAACUUAUAACUAAAACCUAACAGCUUAGACGUCUAAUAUUGUUUACAUAAGAAAGUGAGUAUCAUGUAAAGUACCAACGAACGAGUAUUAUGUGUUUACUAUGCAGUACUUAUUACUUUAUUUCAAUAUAUUUAUUAGUGUUCUUGGUCUAAUUUCAUGUAGAUACAUAAUAAUACAAUAAUUUUAACAGUGUUACAAACAUAAAUCUUAUCUCUCUCUCUGAUCAAGUGUUAUAAUCAUGUAUAUUGUAUUGUGCUGAUUAAAGUGUUACAAAUGUA